AUGGAGUGCAGUGGAGUAGAUCUCCACACUGAUGUCCUCAUAUGUUCCAGAUUCAAACAUUGUAUAGACAUUUCAUAUUCCCUUUUCUUACUUUCACUUUCAUCGAGAAAAAAGAAGACACCUAUUGGCUUCGCGAAAGCUUUCACCAACUGGCGUCAUUUCGUCUCUCCGAUUCCAGAAAAUUGUUUAGAAGAGCCUUUAUCACCAGAUUUUCAUCAAGAACUCAGUAAUUUAAUUCAUGAACGAUAUCCAACAAUAAGAAGUUGUCUCCUUUCACUACCAUUCUGUUUAAUUAAUCUAUGGUUUGGAUUAGGUUUACUUCGUUUUUCAAUGUAUUUAAAUCAUUUAUCAAGUGUGUUAAAUUAUUUAUUUCCUUCAAAUGAUGA